UUCGCUAUAGAAAGAGAGAGAGAGAGAGAAGGGAAAACCCUAGACCUCGCCGGAAGGGGGGUGGCGGUGGUGGCCGGAGCUCAUGGAGGACAGUGAUGAGAAGAAGUCUAGGAGAGGCGCAGGUCGUGUCUGCUCCAUCUGUAACGAGAGGAAGGCCGCCCUCAAACGGCCCAAAACCCUAGAGCAGAUUUGCAGGGAGUGCUUUUAUACUGUAUUUGAGGAUGAGAUACAUAGAACUAUUGUCGAUAACCAUUUGUUUAAGCCUGGAGAACGGGUUGCUAUCGGGGCUUCUGGAGGGAAAGAUUCAACUGUCCUAGCUUAUGUAUUAUCAGAACUCAAUAGGAGGCACAAUUAUGGGCUUGAUCUCUUCCUUUUGUCUGUCGAUGAAGGCAUUACUGGUUAUAGAGAUGAUUCACUUGAAACUGUCAAAAGAAAUGAAAUCCAGUAUGGAUUGCCACUAAAAAUAGUUUCAUACAAGACCAUGUAUGGCUGGACAAUGGAUGAAAUUGUGAAAGCAAUUGGCUUAAAAAAUAACUGUACCUUCUGUGGGGUUUUCCGCCGGCAGGCAUUAGAUCGAGGUGCUGCAGUUAUGAAAGCAGAGAAACUUGUUACUGGACAUAAUGCUGAUGAUAUGGCAGAAACCAUUCUCUUGAACAUAUUAAGGGGUGAUAUAGCAAGAUUGAGUAGAUGUACUUUUAUAACCACUGGUGAAGAUGGACCUAUUCCGAGGUGCAAGCCAUUCAAAUACACAUAUGAGAAGGAGAUUGUUAUGUAUGCAUAUUUUAAGAAGCUGGACUACUUCUCGACAGAAUGUAUUUAUUCUCCAAAUGCAUACCGAGGCUUUGCUCGGGAAUUUAUUAAAGAUUUGGAGAGGAUCAGACCAAGGGCCAUUCUAGAUAUCAUCAGAUCAGGAGAAAAUUUCAGGAUAUCUUCAUCAACAAAAAUGCCAGAGCAAGGAACAUGUGAACGAUGUGGUUAUAUUUCAAGCCAGAAGUUGUGUAAAGCGUGUGUAUUGCUCGACGGACUAAAUCGAGGUCUACCAAAACUAGGCAUUGGUCGGAGUAGAGGCCGGAACAAUGCAAAGGAUGAAGAACACAACAAAGCUUCAAGUUUUCAGAGCAAACCAUGUGGAGCUCUUGACAUUUAGAUAGUGUUUUUUGAUGCUUUUACUUUCAUUUUUACCGGCUUGUAACAAUAUAUAUAUAUAUCCUGAUAAUUUUUGUAUCAUAUUGAUUUUCAAUGGGGGUGUUGAAAAUUUUUUGGUC